UCUAAUUUCACAGUAUUCACAGCAUUUACACACCGACAAUUGUAUCUGAAAAUGUCGAGCGAAGACGAUUUGGAUGAGGACGAGCUGUUGCAGAUGGCGCUGAAAGAGCAAUCUCAGCGCAAUGUCAAUUACCAGAAGCCACCGUCGUCCAAAUCGAAGCCUGUGCGCAACUAUGUCCAGCCUCCGGCAAGGGCGCAGCAUCAGAAGAAGGGGGCCAGUAAGCAAACUAAGCCGUCGUUGGAUGAAGACGACGAUUCCGAGGUGGAGAUGCUGAGCAUUUCAUCCGGAGAUGAGGAUGAUCGCGGCGGCGUGCCUGCUAAGAGAGAUGAAGUCAGGCCGUGGGAUGGGGACGAGCCUGGUUGCUGGAAGCAUGUUGAUGAAACAGAGCUGGCUCGGAGAGUCCGCGAAAUGCGGGAUGCGAAAGCAGUUCCGGUGCUUCCAAAGUAUGAUAAAAAGCCAAAAAAUUUAACAAGUAUACAGUCGCUUCCCCGGGGCAUGGAGUGGGUGGAUCCUCUUGGAUUGGGGUUAAUUAACCACAAGACGUUUAGAUUGAUCAGUGACAAUAUAGCAAGUGCCACUUCCACCACUGACGUAGAACCUCUUGAUCCAAGUGCACGGGAAAAAUUAAACUAUUACUCUGAGAACUUCAAUGCAAAACUUUUUUUAUCACGAGUCCACCUAGAUACUAAUGCGGCUGAACUGGAAGCUGGUGCUCUUUCAUUAAAGAAUGAUCUUAAAGGACGCACCCAACAGAGAAAGCAGUUGGUCAAAGAGAAUUUUGAUUGCUUUGUUUCCUGCAAAACAACUAUUGAUGAUAUUGAAUCGAAGUUGAAACGGAUUGAGGAAGACCCUGAUGGUGCUGGAACAACUCACUUGUUCAAUAGUAUUAAGGGAGUUAGUUCACUAGCUAAGCGUGCUUUUGGACCUCUAUUUGAGAGACAGGCUCAAGCGGAGAAGAUUAGAUCUGUCCAAGGAAUGCUUCAGAGGUUUCGAACACUUUUUAACCUGCCCAGUGCAAUUCGUGGUAACAUUAGUAAGGGUGAAUAUGAUUUGGCUGUAAGAGAGUACCGAAAAGCAAAGUCAAUUGUUCUGCCUUCUCAUGUGGGAAUUCUCAAACGUGUCCUUGAAGAGGUUGAAAAAGUCAUGCAAGAGUUCAAAGCCAUGCUCUACAAGACCAUGGAAGAUCCAAAUAUUGAUCUAACAAAUCUUGAAAAUACUGUGCGGCUUUUACUGGAGCUUGAGCCUGACUCAGAUCCCAUAAAGCAUUAUUUGAAUAUACAGAACCAUAAGAUUAGAGGGUUGCUUGAAGGAUGCACUUUAGCUCAUGAAGUGAGAAUGGAAAAUAUGCAGAAUGAGCUUCGUGAGAAAGCACUCUCUGAUGCUAAGUGGAGGCAAAUUCAGCAAGAUAUGAAUCAAUCAUCAGCUAUGGAUUCCUAUCUAGCUGGAGAUAUACUCCCAGCAGAAAUGACGAGUGCAGAACUUGAUGCUCUUCGGGGUAGAUAUAUUCGCCAGUUAACUGCUGUGCUUAUUCAUCAUAUACCUGCUUUCUGGAAAGCUGCACUUUCAGUUUCAAGCGGAAAAUUUGCAAAGUCAUCCCAUGUGUCUACUGAUACAAGUACAAGUGGUUCUGUGAAUAGAGUCGAGGUGGGCAACAACACUCUUGAUGAGGUCGCUGCAAUGAUACACAAUACUCUAUCAGCAUAUGAGUCUAAGGUCCUUGGCACAUUUCGCGAGCUUGAAGAAUACAACAUCCUCAGUUCUCACAUGAAUGAUGCUGUAAAGGAGGUCUCCAGGGCUGGCCAAGCUUUUGAAGCAAAAGAAUCUGCCCCUGGCAUUGCUGUCUCUGCGCUGAGGACACUUGAAUUUGAGAUCUCAAAAAUAUACAUACUCAGGCUUUGUUCUUGGAUGCGGAGUUCAAUAGAGGAUAUAUCAAAAGAUGAGUCUUGGGUUCCUGUGUCUAUCUUAGAAAGACACAAGUCACCAUAUUCAAUCUCUUCAUUGCCUCUGGCUUUCCGUGCCAUUGUGAUCUCAGCUAUGGAUCAAAUCAAUGAGAUGCUUCGUUGUUUGCAAAGCGAAUCAGCAAAAUCUGAAGUUGCUUUUGGUCAGCUUCAAGAAAUUCAAGAGUCAGUCAGACUUGCCCUGUUGAACUGUUUGUUGGAUUUUGCUGGUCACUUGGAGCGUAUUGGCUCUGAGCUUACACAUAAUAAGUUGGACACUGGAAGCCUGCAUUUUCAAAAUGGAUAUUCUCAUGAACCAGUGGAAAUAUCAGAUGAUCCUCUUCCAGGAAGUAUUACUGACCAACAUCAAAAGUUGCUGAUGGCCCUGAGCAAUAUUGGGUAUUGCAAAGAAGAACUUUCUCUGGAAUUGUAUGGAAAAUACAAACAUAUAUGGCUAUCCAGUGGUAAAGUUGAGGAUGAUGGUGACAUUCAAGAGCUGGUUAUAUCUUUGACUGGUCUUGAAGAGAAGGUCAUCGAACAGUAUACUCUGGCUAAGACAAAUUUGAUUAGAGCAGCUGCAACAAAUUACUUGUUGGAUGCUGGAGUUCAGUGGGGAGCGGCACCUGCUGUCAAAGGUGUCAGAGAUGCUGCUGUUGACCUACUUCACACUUUGGUAGCUGUACAUGCAGAGGUUUUUGCUGGCUGCAAUCCUUUGCUAGACAAGGUUCUCGGAAUUCUUGUUGAAGGCCUGAUCGAUAUACUUCUUGGUCUGUUUAAUGAAAACAAAACUAGAGACCUGAGGGCUUUGGAUCCAAGUGGCUUUUCUCAGCUUAUGCUUGAGCUUGAAUAUUUUGAGACCAUAUUGAAUCCCUAUUUCACUAAUGAUGCAAGAGAGUCCCUUAAGUCCUUACAAGGAGCCUUGUUAGAGAAGGCUAUAGAAACUGUCACAGAGUCUGUGGAGACUCCAAACCAUCAGCGCCGAGCUACCCGUGGAAGUGAUGAUGCAAUGGCAGAUGACAGGCAAUCGGGAUCAUCUGCAUCCCCUGAUGACCUCAUUGCGCUCGUCCAACAGUACAGUUCAGAACUUCUUCAAUCCGAGCUUGAGAGGACAAGGAUCAACACUGCUUGCUUUGAGGAGUCACUUCCAUUGGACUCUCUGCCAGAACCAGUGAAAGCAGCGUAUGCUUCUUUUAGAGGGUCGAUGGAUUCUCCCAGCAGAAACUUCAGGAACUCGCCGUCGUUUGUUGGCUCACCGAGUUACUCCAGGCAAAGACGUAGAUAAACCAAACCUGUAACUAUAAUUGUACCCCUUCUCAUUACAGCCUGUAUUUUUGUGGAAUUGUUGCAUCUCUCUGUUGUAAUUGUUUAUAUCGCUUUCGGAAAAAGAAAAAAAAGAAAACUGUGUAUCCCAAACUGUAUUAAUAUUGACAGGGAUGUAGUUUUGUAAUCUUCCAGCAGAGUCUGUCCCUGUUGUUAAUAGUCGAGAAUCGAGAUUGUUAUCGCACUUUAUAUUUAAAUGGAUAUAUUUAAAAUA